AUGAGAUCUUUGAGGAAAAUUUCUGGAAUAAAUGUGAGUGAUGGAGUGAAGAAUACAAUGAUACAUGAAAGAUGUAUCUUGAAAGAGGACGUGUUGACUAGGAUAGAGAAAGGAAUGUUGAGAACGUGGGGCAUAGAAUGCAGCACACCGCGUGCGCUGGGUUUCGACUCGUGGCGGCAGAUGUACGUGGAGCGACCACGCCUGCAGCUGCACGGUUGUUACAUAAGCAAAACCACCUACCUGCGACACGGCGAGAACGCAUACCAGGACACCUUCUACCGGCCGUGGUACCUCAUCGACUACUUUAGAUAUCUCAGGUUCUUCCCGGAAGGGUUGGUGCUGAUGUGGACAACAGCUGACGAGCCAAUCAUGUGCGUACCUUAUCUCAAGCACCGCACACCCAGCAAGCCUGGACUCGGCAUCAUGUCCGGACACUACAGGCUCAUGGGCAAGAAGGUAUUGAUAGUGGUGAAGAAGAGUAGCGGCGAGAAGAAGACGGCGGCGGGGGGCAACUCGCGGUUUCGUGCACGCCGCAAGGACGCACACGAGCCAUACGAACAGACCUUCCAUCUGGAAUUGGAGUUGCGUAACGUGCGCCGGCGCCGCAACCACCAACUCAUAUGGACGGGGUACGCGGUAUCGACGCGGCGCGACCAGUGGACGACGUUCGAGCUGUCGGCGAACAAGUUCCCGCCGUUCUCCUUCAGCCUCGUGCGCAACUACUCGGCGGAGGCGAACGCGCCGCUACCAUACACGCACGCUUACAUUUAGGUAAAGCGGACUGAUGAUGGUGCAUCUACGUAGUCAAUAUCGGCGGUCAAAGUAAAUUAAUUUAAGCGCACAAAGUAAAUGGCAAGGGAAAGAAUCAGUUCAGUCACAUUUUUGGUAAGAAAUUUGCAAGAAAAAAAGUUCUUAUAGAAAUUGUAUUAAAAUAUAGCUUUUGUUUUAACACGAACGUAAACGUAUAAGUGCUUAGUUUAGGCUCAAUUUACAUUACCGUGGAAUGGAAUGUAAGCGGAUUUGUGAAACCAUAAUCACCCUACCUAGAAACCAUAACCACAUAGAGUAUAUAAGCAGAAAUAGAGACGAAAUAAGGGCCAUACAUUCCUGGUAACUAAUCAGUGAUACAUCACUUAUAAACAGACAGA